GCCCAUUGUACAUUACAUACAUCCCUCGCUACCUCCGAGCUCUACUAACCCAGCAGCUUGCUACCCUAUCCUACCCUUAAUAGUUGCAUGUCUUUUGAGCAAUAGCAAUACCUUCACCAUGCCCGAGGAAGAAAAGUACGACGUGCUCGAGAAGAUUGGCCAUGGGUCCUUUGGUAUCAUUCGCAAAGUCAAGCGGAAGUCAGAUGGCUAUAUCCUGUGCCGCAAGGAAAUCAGCUAUCUCAAGAUGUCGCAGAAGGAACGCGAGCAGCUGCAGGCCGAGCUGUCUAUCCUCAAGGAACUCCGACACCCCAACAUCGUCGCCUACUUCGAGCGCGACCACAUCAAGGCAUCGCAAGACCUUCACCUCUACAUGGAGUACUGCGGCAACGGCGACCUUGGACGUGUUAUCCGCGACCUCAAGAAUAAGAACCAGGUGUGCGAGGAGGAGUUCGUCUGGAGCAUCUUCAGCCAAAUCGUCAGCGCCUUGUACCGCUGCCACUACGGUGAAGACCCACCUGCAGCAGGCCGCAACGUCAUGGGACUCGUUGGCAACGCGAAGCCUGCCCGUGACCCGCGCAAGCCCAUGAUCCUCCACAGAGAUCUCAAGCCCGAGAACAUCUUCCUUGGCGAUGACAACAGCGUCAAGCUGGGCGACUUCGGUCUGUCCAAGAUCCUCCAAUCCCACGACUUCGCCUCUACCUAUGUCGGCACGCCGUUCUACAUGUCGCCUGAGAUUUGCAAGGCGGAGCAGUAUGGUCCUCACUCGGAUAUCUGGGCACUCGGGUGCAUCAUAUACGAGAUGUGCACAAAGUCACCACCCUUCAACGCCAAAACACACUUCGAGCUCAUCUCAAAAAUCAAGCUGGGCCGAUACCCCGACAUACCGGCUUGCUACUCGGCAGAGCUCCGAAAGGUCAUUGCGAGCUGCCUGAACACAACGCCCGACAACCGACCAGACACAGCUGCCCUUCUCAACCUGCCAAUCGUCAAGCUUAUGCGCAAAGAGCAGGAAGUCGUCAAGCUGGGACAAGACCUCCGUGAGCAACGUCUGCUGACUGCGAAGCGAGAGAAGGAGGCAAGCGAAGCCAUUUCACGGAUACGCAAAGAAUUGGAUGACCAAUUACGACGAGAGUGGGAAGUCAAAGCACAGUUGGAGAUUGAGCGACAAGUGAAGCUGCAAACGGAACAACGAGUACAAAAAGAGCUGGCUCAUCUCCAGGCGACCUUCGAGGGAGAAGUCAACAGACGGGUAGAGCGCGCGCUGAAGAUGUACCCCAACCGUCUGAGCACAUCACCAAAGCUGGCUCCUCGGUCGAACACGCCCACUAUGGCGGCAACAGAACCAACUUCUGCCUUAUUUUCAGCAGAGUCCGAUGGUGCCGUUAAGAACGCUUCGCAAAACACCCUCAACACAGACUCCGAUUUCGCGAGCGGAACAGACUUAUCGUCCCUUUCUCUGGACGACCACGCCGAAGAGGUCACCAUCGCAGCUAAGCCAAAAGCAAAGCGACCGUCUCGCGGUCCCCUAGUUCGCGCCCGCACAAUGUUCUCCCAACCUUCCACGACACAAGCACCCGACUCUCCCAUGGAUGUUCAGAUGGCUGAGCCAUCGCCGGCACCUGCUUCACUCAAGGGACUUUCGCUUUCCCCUCGUCGCAACCAGCAACCCAAGCAAAACAUCUUCGCUGCUGCCAAGGAAGGCGCGAAGAAGUGGGAAGCUGACGUUCCCCCGUCGCCGACGGAGGCAGAGUGGAACGCCGACUUCGACGAUGAUGACGAUCUUCCUGUUCUGCCAUCGCCUACCCGCGCACGAAGCGCCUCUGGGGGUCGUCCUAUGAGUGAGGACCCCUUCAAGGUGCUCGCAAACGCCCAAGCACCACUGUUGAAGGCCAAUGCUCGAUUGGGAAGCACACCAAACCUCCUGGGUCCCAGGACCACGAAGCCUCGUCCUGUUUCCGCGGUACCCAUCGUCGCGGCGUCGCCUUCUCGAUCAAAGGCCAAGUCCACCGAUACCGCAUCAACAUCGCCGCGCAAGACAGGCGCGACCACGAAGUCCAUUCCAUUCGCUGGACUCCCAUCAAAGAAGGGCAACGAGGCAUUCCGCGUCCAAGCGAUGCGCAACAACGGCGGAGUUCAGGGCCGCACACUAGUCGAACUUCAACAAGCGCGCGGUAUCCCUGUGCACACUAUGAGUGAAGACGAGGGAGGCGCGAAGAAGAACUUCGGAUACAACGGCCGAAGGAGUCCCGUCAAGCGAACUGGCGGUAUCAGCCCACCUGCAGUGUGGGACCCAGAGACCGAACCGGAGAUGCCAUCCCCCUUCAUCCAACGCAGCAAGCGCAUGGUCCGGUAGGACGGACGAUGCGUAACAGCCCCGGAACGAUUACGACAUAUACAACAACGACACGACGAAGGGUAAAUAAUGGGGUGUUUGGACACAUAGCAUCCCACGGCGUUGGCGUGACGAAAGGACGGAGGGCAAAUACCAUUUCCUUUGUCUCAUCAAACGGAGUGGUGUCUGGCGUUGAAGGAUUGUGGAUUGAAAGCGAGCGUUUGCCUCGCGUCCCUUCUACCAUCUCUUCCCUUUGUCAUCAUCAUUGCAUCUGCGCUUGGUUUUACUCACAUUUUCCACGAACGCAUACUAGCAUCUUUUUGGCGAUAUUUGUGGGUUGGGUUUGGAUAGGCGUUUGAGGCGUUGCACCGUCAUGAGACGAGUUGCAUCUGUACUCUUAUUUAUUGCGACGAAUGUUACUACUACCAUACUUCACGUUA